UUCUCUCUCCCCACAAGGUCUCAAUAAUUAAAAAAAAAAUAAAAAACAAGGAGGAAGAAGCGGAAGGGAAGGGAUUAGUUCCACUCCCCUGUAAAACCCUAAUAUCUUCAAUCUUAUAUUAUUUAUUUUUCUGUUUCUCUCUCUAGAACCCAACUUUCUCUCUCAAGAACGUCAAAUCUCGAUCCCUCCCUUUCCCUGCAAGAUCCGGGGGUGGUUCCGAUUGCGCAACAGGGUUUGGAUUGGGCAGGUCCCUCAAGGCUGGCGGGUAUUGGGGUGAAGUAAAUGGCGGAUCCGGCCGGAAUCCGGCUCCGCGAGAGGUGCGAGCGUGGUGUUGCGGCGGAGGCGUGGUUGAUAGGGUUACAGUGUGGUGACGAUUGCCAAGAGUGAAGCAUGCUGAGCGUGCUGCGCGUGCACCUCCCUUCUGAUAUUCCCAUUGUAGGCUGUGAGCUCACGCCUUACGUGCUCCUACGCCGACCUGACAAGACCGUUACCACCGACGGUCCCGAAGCCGCCCCGUUAGACGGCCAUUUUUUGCGCUACAAGUGGUAUCGUGUACAGAGUGAUAAAAAGGUUGCUGUUUGUAGUGUACAUCCAUCUGAGCAGGCCACUCUGCAGUGCCUUGGUUGUCUAAAGGCUAAGAUACCUGUUGCCAAAAGUUACCACUGCACUCCAAAGUGUUUUUCAGAUGCUUGGCAGCAUCACCGUGUCUUACAUGAUCGUGCUGCAAGUUCAGGUAAUGAAAAUGGAAAUGAGGAAGAAGAGUUAUUUGGGCGAUUUAAUAAUUCUGGAUCUGGAUCAAUCAGUACCACCUUAUCUUCCUCUGCAUCAAGUGCUAGUUUGACAAACGGGUCUGCACCCGUGUAUCCAGCUGCCAUUACUCAACGAAGUGGUGGUGAAACUUGGUUUGAAGUUGGACGAUCCAAGACGUAUACACCAACAGCUGAUGACAUUGGUCAUGUCCUUAAAUUUGAGUGUGCUGUAGUUGAUGCAGAGACUAAACUUACUGUAGGGCAUGCUAGCACUCUACUAACAUCCCGUGUCAUUCCUGCCCCCUCGCCUAGCCCACGCCGAAUAAUACAUGUUGAGGGGAUGGGACAUUUGGAUGCUGAUGCACGUAUAACAUCAUCAGGAACAUUUACUGUUCUAUCAUACAACAUAUUGUCUGAUUCAUAUGCCUCAAAUGAUCUAUACAAUUACUGCCCUUCAUGGGCUCUUUCCUGGCCAUAUCGCAGGCAAAAUUUGUUACGAGAAAUAGUUGUUUACCGUGCUGAUAUUAUUUGUCUUCAAGAGGUUCAAAGUGAUCAUUAUGAAGAAUUUUUUUCUCCUGAACUGGACAAACAUGGCUAUUAUGGUCUUUACAAAAGGAAAACAAAUGAGGUAUAUAGUGGCAACGUUAAUACAAUUGAUGGGUGUGCGACAUUCUUCCGUAGGGACAGAUUUUCACAUGUGAAAAAAUACGAGGUUGAAUUUAAUAAGGCUGCACAGUCUUUAACAGAUGCUGUGAUUCCAACCACUCAGAAGAAAACUGCCUUGAAUAGACUGGUUAAGGAUAAUGUUGCAUUAAUAGUUGUUUUAGAAGCAAAAGUUAACCAGCCUGUUGACAAUCCUGGGAAAAGACAGCUUCUUUGCGUGGCAAAUACCCAUGUAAAUGUUCAUCAAGAUUUAAAGGAUGUCAAACUCUGGCAGGUGCACACUCUUUUGAAAGGAUUGGAGAAAAUUGCUGCUAGUGCAGACAUUCCAAUGUUGGUUUGUGGGGACUUUAAUUCAGUUCCAGGAAGUGCUCCUCAUGCACUUCUUGCAAUGGGAAAGGUAGACCCAUCCCAUCCUGAUUUAGCUGUUGACCCACUUAAUAUAUUGCGUCCUCACAGCAAGCUGGUUCAUCAGUUGCCACUGGUCAGUGCUUAUUCAUCCUUUGCAAGAACGGUUGGUCUUGGAUUUGAGCAGCAUAAACGGAGACUAGACAAUGCAACAAAUGAACCUUUAUUCACUAAUGUAACCAGAGAUUUUAUUGGCUCUCUAGAUUACAUAUUUUACACAGCGGAUUCAUUGGUUGUGGAGUCAUUGUUGGAACUAUUGGAUGAGGAGAAUUUGAGGAAAGACACAGCACUUCCUUCUCCUGAAUGGUCCUCUGAUCAUAUAGCUCUGUUAGCCGAGUUUCGCUGCUGCAGGAAUAGAUCUAGGCGAUGACUUCAGAUCCAGAGAGACACAAAGAAAAAAGGUCGAAAGAAACGUUUGGUUGAUAAGUUAUUGUAAAAGUGGUAGAUCAUACCUUUGUCUUUUUCCCAGGUAUCUCCUUGUGGGGGGCCUUGAAAUGAUCUGCUUUGUAUCAUGUCAACUUUGCCUUAGAAAAAUUAUGAUAAUGCCUUACUUAUUUUCGCCCA